AUGGAUUCCAUGAAUAACUGGUUGGGGUUCUCGUUUUCACCUCAACAAGUACUCUCGUCACAACCUUCACAAAAUUUAGGCAUGAACUCAGAUGAAAUCUCUGCAGGUACAGAAGAGGUUUCAGGGGAGUGUUUUGAUCUCACUUCAGAUUCAACCAUACCUUCUCUAAAUCUUCCAGCCCCUUUUGGCAUUUUAGAAGCUUUCAACAGGAACAAUCAAUCUCAAGAUUGGAAUUUGAAGGAAAUGAGCAUGAACUCUUUCUCAUGCAGCAGUCAAAACCUAGAAAAUCAGGAAGGACCAAGACUAGAAAAUUUUCUUGGUGGGCAUUCAUAUAAUGAUCAAGAACAUAAGAAAUAUCAAUCCAGUACUUGCAAUAACAUCACUGCAUCAAGUCACAUUUACCAAGAACCUGACCCUACUUCUCAUCCAACGAGCAAUCGCAGUGGAAUAGGAAUGAAUGGCAAUAGUACUAUUGGCCUCUCUAUGAUCAAAAACUGGUUGAGGAAUAAUCCAGCGCUGCCACAACCUGAGGAGAACACGGCCAAAAAUGAGGCGGAGCCACCACCAUGCACUGCUAGUGCACAAACCUUGUCCCUUUCAAUGAGCACAGGAACACAAUCAGAUUCUCCUUUGCCAUUUUUGAAUGGUAAUGUGGGUGAGAGCUCUACACUAGACAGUAAACAGCAUCCUGGGAAUGCACUUGAAAGCCAAACUGGUGCAAUAGCUUCAGUGCCAAGGAAAUCCAUAGAUACAUUUGGACAAAGAACUUCUAUCUACCGCGGUGUAACAAGGCAUAGAUGGACUGGCAGAUAUGAGGCACAUUUAUGGGAUAAUAGUUGUAGAAGAGAGGGACAAACCCGGAAAGGAAGGCAAGGAGGAUACGACAAGGAAGAAAAGGCUGCUAGGGCUUAUGAUUUAGCAGCAUUGAAAUACUGGGGAUCUACUACAACUACAAAUUUUCCAAUUAGCAACUAUGAGAAAGAAUUGGAGGAAAUGAAGCAUAUGACAAGACAGGAAUAUGUUGCAUCAUUAAGAAGAAAAAGUAGUGGAUUUUCCCGGGGCGCGUCAAUUUAUCGAGGGGUUACAAGACAUCACCAGCAUGGUAGAUGGCAAGCAAGGAUUGGAAGAGUUGCUGGUAACAAAGAUCUUUACUUGGGAACUUUUACACACGAGAAAGCAGCCGAGGCUUACGACAUUGCAGCCAUUAAAUUUCUUGAACUCAAUGUUGUGACUAAUUUUGAAAUAAGCAGAUAUGAUGUGAAAAGCAUACUGGAGAGCAGCACAUUGCCAAUUGGAGGUGCUGCUAAACGCCUUAAGGAUGCAGAAAAUGCUGAACUGGCUUUAGAUAUACAAAGAAGGGCUAGUAAUGGGAACCCUAUUUCACAUUUAACAGACGGACUAAAUGGUUACAAUAAUGGCUGGCCUAAUGCCAUAGCAUUUCAUCAACCUCAGCCAUUAAGUAUGCCCUACACAUAUCCUCAACAAAGGUAUUUGUGGUGUAAGCAAGAGCAUGAUCUUGAAGUUAAUCGUAACAUUCGUAACAUUCAUAACAUUCAUGACCUUCAUCAACUUCAUUCGGGAAAUAUGCAGAAUUUCUUACAACCGUCUGUACUGCACAAUCUCAUGAGCUUGGAUUCUUCGUCCAUGGAACACGACUCGGGAUCUAAUUCUUUGGUCUAUAGCAAUGGAGCUGGAGGGGACAGCAACCGACAUUCUGCAUCCUAUCAAUUAGGCGAAGUAAAUGGAAAUAAUGGUAAUUUUGCAGUGCCAAUGGGUAUGGUGCUCGUUCAAGAAGGAUUAAGCCAAAAUCAGACGAAUGGUUUCGGGGAGAAUGAGGUAAAACCAUUCAUGUUUGGAUCAGGAGAUCCUUAUCAGACAAGAAACUUGAUGAGUUAUGAAUCCCAACAAUCUUCUGAUGGCAUGGAGAAGGCUAGUGUUUAUGAUCAAGCCUCUGCUACUUGUAACAACUGGAUGCCUACUGGUGUGCCAACUCUUGCAGCUAGACCUAACAAUGUGGUUGUUUGUCAUGGAGGCUCGACUUUUACGGUAUGGAACGAUACGUAG